UCAAUUGUUUUUGCAACCAUCAUAGCAGAACCCACCCAAUCUCCACCAGACAAUCAUGACUUCUUACGCACUUUCCCAGGCUCACAAGGAGGUUUGUUUCCCUCCGAUACCAACAGACUUUUCUCGACUCACUUCCCUGGCGAUAGCUCAUCGAGGUCCCGCUCCGUGAGAGCGACCCGGAAGUCCAAAACAUUAUGGUAAGGAAUCCCGUCAUCCCUAGUUUGCCUUGAUUGAUCCCAAUUAUUCUGGUUUUUUUGGGAUAGGACCUGGAAAUCAAGCGUCAACGUGAAUCGAUUCUUCUCAUUGCCUCCGAGAACGUUACUUCCCGUGCGGUUUAUGAUGCUCUAGGAUCACCCAUGUCCAACAAAUACUCUGAGGGGUACCCGGGAGCCCGGUACUAUGGAGGGAAUGAGCAUAUUGAUUCCAUUGAGCUGCUUUGCCAGAAGCGUGCUCUACAGGCAUUCCACGUCGACCCCGAGAAGUGGGGAGUCAAUGUCCAGUGCUUGUCCGGAUCUCCUGCCAACCUGCAGGUUUACCAGGCUAUCAUGAAGCCCCAUGAGAGGCUUAUGGGAUUGGACUUGCCUCAUGGUGGGCACUUGAGCCAUGGAUACCAAACCGACAAGAGGAAGUGCGUUUUAAUCACCCCACGCAAGCCCGUGAUACGAAUUCUAAUGCGUAUUGAACAGGAUUUCUGCUGUUUCAACUUAUUUCGAGACCAUGCCGUACCGUGUCGAUACCGAGACCGGAAUUAUUGACUACGAUAUGCUUCAGAAGACGGCCCUUCUUUACCGGCCCAAAACCCUGGUUGCUGGUACGUCAGCUUACUGUCGUAACAUUGACUACGGUCGCAUGCGGCAGAUCGCUGACUCUGUCGGUGCCUACUUGGUUGUUGACAUGGCUCAUAUCUCUGGAUUGAUCGCCGCCCAGGUCAUCCCUAGUCCGUUCGAGCAUGCCGACAUCGUUACCACCACCACUCACAAGUCCCUUCGCGGGCCCAGAGGUGCCAUGAUCUUUUUCCGCAAGGGUGUUAGAAAGGUCGAGAAGGGCAAGGAGAUCAUGUACGAUCUUGAGGGGCCAAUCAACUUCAGGUGAGUUCAACCGCCCCUUCAUUGACAAAUUCCCAUGCUUACAAGGCGGUAUAGCGUUUUCCCCGGUCAUCAGGGUGGACCUCACAAUCACACCAUCACCGCCCUCGCUGUCGCCCUCAAGCAGACCUUCUCCCCAGAAUACGUUCACUACCAGGAGCAAGUUGUUUCCAACGCUAAGGUUCUCGAGGAGGAGUUCAGGCGCAUGGGUUAUAACCUUGUAUCUGGUGGGACCGAUUGUCACAUGGUUCUUCUUGACCUUCGUGCCCAGGCCCUCGAUGGUGCCCGUCUCGAGGCUAUCUUGGAAGCCGCGAACAUUGCUUGCAACAAGAAUGCUACUCCCGGUGACAAGUCCGCCCUGUCACCCAAUGGCAUCCGUAUCGGCACCCCGGCCAUGACCACCAGAGGUUUCGGCGCUGAGGAGUUCAAGAGAGUCGCUGGUUACUUUGAUUACUUGAUCAAGCUGGCCAAGAGGAUCCAAAGCGAGUUGCCAAAGGAGGCCAACAAGCAGAAGGACUUCAGAGCCCAUGUCCUGAGCGGAAAGGUAUCCGAGUUGCAGGCACUCAAGAACGAGAUUUCCGAAUGGGCUUCUACCUUCCCCCUCCCUAUCGGACCGGCUUCUUAAAGGGUUAUUUGUUUCUUCAUGGCUGCAUUUCCUUUGUUGGGUGUUUUUGUGCUUUAUAUCGAUACUCUUUUUUUCUUUUUUUUUUUCUUUUUUCCUCAUUAGUGUGAAUUGAUGGAUGGAACUAUCGGGUAUAAAAAAAAAGUGUCUUCAACACCACAUAGAUUCAAAGGAUGGGGCAGAUUCGCACUGCCAUGAGAUGCAUUGGCUCAACGCUAGGGCACCUACCUCACUUCUCUUUAAAUCAAAAUAAAUAACAAUUAUUUUCUCG